AUGGUGAAAAGUAAAGAAGAAAUCGAGCUUUGUGAAGUCAAAGUUGAGAGUCCAAUCUCUGUUCCAAAACCAUUUGUCAAGAAAAAACUCACCCUAGUCCCUCUGAUUUUUCUAAUCUUUUUUGAAGUUUCAGGAGGACCUUUCGGAGAAGAAAAUUCGGUUAAAGCAGCAGGACCAUUGUUUGCUCUUUUAGGGUUCACGAUCUUUCCAUUCAUAUGGAGUACGCCUGAAGCUUUGAUCACUGCCGAACUCGCAACUGCUUAUCCAGGUAAUGGUGGUUAUGUAAUAUGGGCUUCUGAAGCUUUUGGUCCUUUUUGGGGAUCGAUGAUGGGUUCAUUGAAAUUUCUUAGCGGAUCUAUUAAUAAUGCUGCGUAUCCAUCCAUGAUGACACAAUAUUUGUCGGUCCCGACUAGGUUUAACACUUUAGUUAUAUGUGGAAUUACAGUAUUGUUAUCGUUUGUGAAUUAUUUGGGAUUAGCUAUUGUUGGUUGGUUUGCUGUUGCCCUUGCUGUGGUUGCUUUGAUGCCAUUUGUUAUCAUGUUUUGCAUUGCAAUUCCUAAAAUUAAGUGGAGAAGAAUUUUGAGUUUGGGUAAAAACGUUCAUAAAAUAAGAAUGAAUGAUUGGCCAACAUUCUUUAACAGCUUGUUUUGGAAUUUAAAUUUCUGGGAUAAUGCUAGUACUUUGGCCGGAGAAGUGGAGAAUCCGCAGAAGAUUUUUCCAAAAGCCUUGUUUUCUGCCGGAAUUAUCACUUGUUUGGGGUACUUAAUCCCUCUCAUAGCUAUCAUUGGAGCUCUACCACUGGACCAAGAUGCGUGGGAGGUUGGUUAUUUAGCGACAGCAGGAGGAACAAUUGGUGGACCAUGGUUGAAGUACUGGAUAAAAAUUGGUUCAGUUUUAUCGAGUGUUGGAUUAUUUGAAGCUCAAUUGAGUAGCAGUUCUUUUCAGACAGAAGGAAUGGCAAAUCUCGGGUUCAUACCUGCUUUGUUUGCAAAGCGAGCCAAGUGGUUUAAUACACCAUGGGCUGGAAUCCUGUUAUCAAGUUUAAUUUCGUUCGGCCUAUCAUUCUUGGAUUUCAAUAACAUAAUUGCUGCAGCCAAUAUCUUGUACGGCUUGGGUAUGCUAUUGGAAUUUUCGGCUUUUAUCAGGUUAAGAUACAAGUAUCCAGACCUGGCUCGACCUUACAAAGUCCCCGGAGGUAUUCCUUGUCUUUGCAUCAUGUGCUUGAUACCAGCAGGGUUCGUGGCGUACGUUAUGACGACGAUGGUGAUUACGAAGCUUGUUGUUUUCUAUAUUACCGCAGGUCUUACUGUUUUUGCAGUUGGCAACUAUUUUGUCAUGAAUCUUUGCAAAUCCAAAGGGUACAUCCAGUUCAUCACCAAAGAUAAUGAUAAGCAGGCCGUGGAGAAGGAAUCAACCGAAGGACAAUCUUAAUUUGAUUUUAGUGGUUUUCUUUAUAUGCACAAUAUUUUUUAUUUUUUUUUGUUUAUUUUAGGAUUUAUAUGCGCAGUUUCGUUUCUAGCUUAAUAAGAACUAUGUUAUUAGUCUUCUCCA